AUUGUAGACGUUCCUAUGGUUUUAGUUGUAACAUGGCUUGCAGUUCUCGGAAAUGUUAUGGAGAUUACGAAUGUGACCGAUUUUACGGAAACUGUAGAGACGGAUGUCUGGAUGGCAUGUGACCCUGGUCUGUAUGGCGCCGAUUGUUCGUUUAUUUGCACAAGAAGACACUGUCUGAAUAAAGCUGCGAGCUGUGAUAACAUGACUGGUUCAUGUGGAGGAGAGUGUGAAGAAUCCUGGAGAGGAGAAGACUGUACUGGGUGUGAUGGGAAAUACGGCAGAGAUUGCAGCUAUUCCUGCAGUGACAGGAAAUGUAGAAACCCCCCAGUGGCAUGUCAUCAUGUGACUGGAUCGUGCAAUGGGCCGUGUGUUGCUGGUUGGCAAGGAAUAGCUUGCAAUGUGAGUGAGACCGAGUCUACAGUUUCUGGUACCUUCUUCUGGUACGUCAGACGCCACAGGGCGACGUCAGGAUCUACAACUAAAGAAAACACAAGUCCGACAAACCAAGAUGACGAACACUAUGACAUCGUGGGCGGACAGACUGGUCGAGAACGAAACACCGCCAGAGUUGACGUUUCUUACGAGGGUGGAUACGAGAAUUCACCAAGGUCACGUGGAACAGAUGACAUUCCACAGCGCCCCCUAGGUGAUAAUGAGAGGGGUAACGUUAAUGCAGGACAAGAUAUUCAGCUGAACGAAUAUGAACAUCUUGAUCCAUCACAAUCACCGCAGAAUGUCUACGAUAAAAUAACUGGGAAUUAA